AUGAGACUCCUUCAGCUGCUCUGCUUGGCCACACUGGGUGAGCCCGUGGGGGAACUGUGGGGUGUCUACUGCCAAGGCCCCCAGGAGGAGGCUCUGGGCUGUCCGCAGCCUCCCCCUGACACCCCACCUCUCUUACAGCCGCCAGUUCUUCCAAAGGCCCGGCAGAAGCUGUUGAUGCGGACUCAGGCUGUCUCUACCUCUCGUUCCGAAAUCUCCAUUGCCUACAAAGUCCUGGAGGUUUACCCCCAAAGUCGCCGAGUUCUUCUAACGUGCCAAGCACCCCCGGCACCUCCGCCCAUCACCUACUCCCUCUUCGCCAGCCAGGGCAUCCAGGUGGCCAGGAAGGUGGUGUGGACUCACCAGCCCGCCUCCUUCAGCAUCAACGUCACGCUCAAGUCCAGCCCAGACUUGCUCACAUACUCCUGCCAGGCGUCCUCCCUCUCCGGCCCGCGCUGGAGCAGCACCCGGCUGCAGAUGUACUGGGAGCUGUGGGCCAAGCCAGUGUCCCAGCUGCAGGCUAAUGUCACCGUGCACAGUGGAGGAUCAGGUCCCAGGGCAGAGAUGUCCUGCUGGGCACCCUCGGGCAGCCCACCCAUCACCUACCGCCUGGUCAGCAAGGAUGGGCAGGUCCACAAGCAGAAGAGGCCACCCCAUGGGCAGCCCGCCAACUUCUCCUUCCCGCUGCCCCCCAUGCCGGGCUGGUUCCAGUGCCAGGCUGAAAACAGCGUCGGUGUCCAGAGCAGCGCCCUCACACUGGUGCCCCCAGGGGAGCUGCCCCAGGGACCCGCACGCGUGCUGGCCAGCAGCCUCGUCUCCAUCGCAGUUAUGGCCUCCGGGAUGCUGGGCCGGACCAGGUUGUGAGCGGAAUCUGCCCUAGCCCUGGCCUUGCCCUUGCGCCCUACGGAAGGAACCUCCUCUGGGAUGAAGAGGAGCCUCAGGCGGGAGACAAGGGGAGACACGGUCUGAGAACACAGCAGCCGGCGUGUGGGACUCGGGAGGCUGUGAAGACGUGGGUGGUAGCCUUGUCCUGUGUGUAGGACUCACGCUAACCUAGGAGAUUUUAUUUUUUUAUAUGUAUUUUUUUGGC